AUGUUCCGAAAGAUCCAUGUUGUAAAAGAAAAACGUCCCUAUGCAAAGUGGGGAAGUGAGACGACUUAUAACACUGGGAUAGUUGAAGCUCGACGUAUUCUCAACGACUUGCAUCUCACAUUGGCGAGGGCAAAUUACACACAGGUUUUUGUUGACCAAAUGAGCCCCGAUGUUGUUGGGAUAACGAGGCACAAUCCAAUCACCCACGACACCGUAUUCAUUGUAGCUCAUACGGCUUUCAAUAAGCAUCAUAUCAACAAGGAUCGCGUCUAUCUAAAGAACAUCCCGAUUGGAGAGAAUCCAGACGUCCUCACCGGACUCACUAACUAUAAAGUUAGUAUUCGUCAGUAUGUUCCGCCAGAUAAAGCCAAAAUGUGCGUCGUCCAUGGGAACGUGAAUGGCUUCAUUGAGCUGACAAACUUCCCAAGUGGUUCAGUAAUCGGUUUCAGGGUUCGUUUGACGGAAAAUGCCCGCACUUCUAUUGGUACAAUCAGAGCAGUGAUCGCAGGAAAUGCGGAACUAGAAAAAGGUUCGCCAUUCUCCAGAAACGUCUACAGUACUCUCCCACAUCAUCCUUUACUGGAAGAUUCCUUCCUGAUAUUUCAGAACUGGCAUUUGUACUCGACUCGAUAA